AGCACUAGGUAGGUAUUAAGUUAAGUGGGUAUUAUUAUCUCUAUUUAGUUUGUGCACAUAACCUUCGAUCAAUUAUACGAUAAAAUAUAUACUUGAAUUUGGAAUACUUAAUCGAAGGGCUCGGGUCUACUCUACCCUGAGUAGUCUACAUGUAUUUUGAAUUUUCAUUUAAAGCUAAAGGUCUUCGAGAAUAUACGUAAUAUCUUGUAAGUACGUAGAAAUGAGUAUUUGCAAGAAAUGUAACGGAUAUGGAACUGUAAUUUUAAGGAAAGUGGAUAGUUAUUGUGAAUCUUGCUUCCUCAUUGGUGCUAACCAUAAAUUUCGAGCAUGUCUUGGAAAAACUAAAACUUUGUCACCAAAUGAAAAAGUUUUGAUUUGUAUAAAGGGAGGACUUGGUUCCACUGUAUUAUUGGAUCUGGUUAGCAAUGGUUUGACCCUCGACAAUCAUAAGAAGCUUCGGAUAAUACCAUACUUUUUACAUUUGAAAGGCUUUGAAAAUGAGGAAAAAAACCUAGAAAUUGCCAAAGCAGUUAUAAAAAUGUGCAAUGUCUAUGGAUUUAAUGUAUAUGUCUCUAAUAUAUCAGACUACAUACACUCUGAUUAUAUUUUACCAGAUGUUAAUACACUACCUACAUUGGAUGAUGUCACAGUAGACAGGUUUCAAAUGCUCAUAAGGAGUAUGCCACCCACUGCCCAGAUUGAUUUUCUAGCCAAAAUAAAAAGGAAACUAUUCAUAAGAGUUGCUCAAAAGUUAGAAUGUAAAUUUAUUUUUUCUGCUGAAACAACUACCACAUUAGCACAUCACUUACUGUCUAAUAUUGCAACUGGAAGAGGAUCACAAGUACAAAAUGACAUAGGGUUUUCAGACAACAGAGACACUAUUAAGAUAUUGAGGCCCAUCAAAGAUAUUACAAAAGAAGAACUUACUCAUUAUGUACAUGUAAAAGCAUUAAAAGUUAUUCACAAUCAAGAAACAGAGAGAAAAGAUAGUUUGCAAUCAAUAAUAAGUGCUUUUGUAACAGAUCUUCAAGUCAACUUUCCAGCCACUGUAUCAACAAUAUGUAAAACAGCUGAUAAAAUUGGCAAUCAUCAUCACAAGACAAAUAAGUGUGAGAUAUGUGAGAGUGAUUUGGACAUGGAAAAUUCACAAUUAUCUGCACUUGAAGCUACAAGUUUCUCAAGAAUUAUUUCAAUAAUGGAGCCACAACACAGAAAUAGGGACAAUAUUACAAAUAAAAAUUCCUCACUGUUUCCAUAUAUUCACAAAUUUUUAUGUUAUGGAUGCAGCAGAAACCUUUCAGAAGCGUCGAACAGUGAGCUUCCAAGCUACAUCCUUGACAAAAUAAAAGUAUCAUGAUAUUACUUCAUAAUAUUUAAACAGGGUCCAAGCCAGUUUGGAUCAUGGUACCUAACACGUUUUGGCGACAUCUCUACGCCAACAGUCAGCAUUUCGAGCAUCUGUUUUUAUAGACGCAGUGGGAUUUAAUUUGCUUGCUGAAUGAAAUGUACCUAUUGAUGAUUAUAUCCAAUCAACUUAUCCCUGUUAGAAAAUACACAAUGAUAUUAUAUAAUGAUGAAUUCAUGAUUAUGAAAUUCUGCAAAAUAAAGCCUAAGUACUGUUAAAAUGUUACAGAAUAAAAUCCCUGAUUGUAA